UCCUGGCUUGGUGCCAUGGUUGAGGAUGGUGGAGACCCGCUGUAUCUCUAGUUUGUUCGUAUCCGAUUCUUAGAUUUAUCGAAUCUUUGGGGCUUGUUUUUAUGUCUUAGAGAAUCUUUUUGUUUCUUGCGUUAGGAACUGAUGUGAGAGUCCAUGGAUUUGUUCUUUUUCCGGAGGGAGGUUAAUUUUGGCUUGCUUCUACCCUAUCUUGUCUAUCCGAAAUCCCCGAGUUGUGGGAAAAUGACAUGAAUGGGAAAGCGAUCUCCAGUAAAAAAAAAACUACCUUUUUUUUUGUGUGUGCGUGUUUUGAACAUUCUUCAACAAUGGUCCUCAUCGACAUUUUCUUUUGUCGAAACAUAUGUUUUGGUUCGGAACUAUAGUGCUUAUGGUUGAUAGCGAAUAUUCCUUAGUGGAUGAGUCGCUUGAUGGUGUUGGCUUUGGCUUACUUUUGCCAGAUGACUUUCCUCUUCACACUACGGUAGGGGAAAAAAAAAAAAAGCUUUGCUCUUUCUUUCCCCUUCCUGGUAAAAGUUCCUCCUUUUUAUCCAAAGCAAUACGGAUGACCAUUUUUUUCUGGUUAUCCCUAGGUCCUUAGGUUCUUGUCCUGCUAGAAAUAAACUCCUUGAAAUUGAAUUACAAUCACUCAUGCUCAAAAUAUGUCAGAUCUAGAAGAGACUGCAUAAUAUGUUCCUGAUAUUUGAAAUUUUGAUCUAGCAAAGAGUUCAUUUCUGCUUAUGGAGAAUUUGUCUGGGCAUUUCCAAUAUGUAGAUACUCAUGAAGCAAUGGAGUUUCGUGAUCAGCAUGAAAUAUUCAGUUUUGCAACUUCCUCUGCAGAUCCUUAUUCUUGCUAUCAGAAUGCUAGUACCUUCCAUGAAGCUUUUGGAGAGCAGUUGAAUAACACUGAUUCUUUAGGCCCUAUCUCUUCUCCCAACAUCUAUCCUCUAGGAUCUUAUUAUAGUUCCAGUACUCGUAAUGCCAUGAGCCCUCAUUUACUAGAAUCCCUACUAGCUCAAUCUACUGAUGAUUCGAGAGACUACUACAAUUCAUUCCAGAAGACAUCCUUUAUGGUUGCAAACUCCUCAGUUCAUUUCACAGAACUCCAGGACUCAACCAUCGUGAAAAAUCCAGUACAAGUGCCGCCUAACACCAAAUUACAGUCUAUCUCUGACUGCCCUGAAAUUUCAGGCAUGAUGUUCUUUAAGACAGACAAUUACUUGAACAAUUUCACAAAUCCCCACCUGAUGAUAGGGCCAGGGCUGUCAUCUGGUUCUGCUUCCUUUAAUAGAUUUGCACCACAGGAUUCAAUGCCUAAAGCAAACCUUUCUGAGAUUGCAAAAGCAUGCAUAUAUGAUUCCAGAUCUGAAAGUUCUUUAUUAUAUCAUCAUAAAGAUCUUCCUGUGACUGAUGUUUGUGAUCAACAUUCUGAGCAUAUAAUUGAUGAGGCAAGUGCGCAAAAGAAUGAGAGUAUUGGAGGUGUCCACUCUGUAUCAUCUAGUCUUGCCGAGAGUGACAACAGUGGUUGCAACAUGAUUACCAGGUCAUCGCAAAAGCAAGUUGAGAAUUCCAUUUCAGCUGCAGUUAAUUCACUGGUUUUAGAGAGUGAUAAAAAAGGGAACUCUUCCAUAGCACCUAUUCAACUACUUUAUGAUAAUGGCCAGUUUGAUAGUGUGGGACUAGACAUGGGUCAAAACAAUUUUGCACCUGAACUGUGGGAUAAUAUUACAAUGCCAGUUCACAAUAACACUUCAAGUAGAAGCUCCGGCACUUCAGGUUGUCUCUCAGCAAUGGAAAUGAGCUCAGCUUCUGAUAAGGGAAUGUUCUCGGACUCUGGUCUUCAGUUAUUGAUGGAUGCUAUAGCUGGUGAUCAUGCCAAUAAAGGUUCUGCUCACCGCCCUAGUGCCAAAUAUGGUAAUUCUAUUUCUCGACUUAAUUUGGGGAGUCAAUUUCCUAGUGGAUUGGGUGAUCCUUCAGUGUACAGAAAUCAGGCUCCUUCAGUAGGUCUUCCUUCUGUAAAUGUUGCAUCAAAUCUGUUCUUGCCAUUCUCUAACUCUGAGAUUGUUCAUGAAUCUCCAAAGGAAGCACUAUCAAAUUCCAAUUUCUGUUCAUGGAUUGAUGAUAGUUCCAGUAUCAAUACUGAGAAUUCUGUUCUAAAUCAGUCCAAGAAACCUGAAGAAUCUACAAAGGCUGUAAAGAAAAGGGCAAGACCUGGUGAGAGUACACGUCCAAGGCCAAAAGAUCGUCAACAAAUUCAAGAUCGUCUGAAGGAGCUGAGGGAAAUUGUGCCAAAUGGUGCAAAGUGUAGCAUUGAUGCUUUAUUGGACAAAACAAUCAAGCAUAUGCUCUUUCUGCAAAGUGUGACAAAGUACGCCAACAAACUCAAACAAGCCGAUGAACCCAAGAUUAUUGGUGAGGAGAGUGGUGUGGUUCUAAAAGACAACUCUGGUGGUGUUACUGGUGCUGGGGCAACUUGGGCAUACGAAGUCGCAGGGCAAACCAUGGUCUGUCCAAUUAUAGUCGAGGAUCUGACUCCCCCAGGUCAGAUGCUCGUUGAGAUGCUGUGUGAAGACCGAGGUCUCUUUCUUGAGAUAGCAGAUAUCAUACGUGGGUUUGGGCUGAUAAUCUUGAAAGGAGUAAUGGAAACUCGCGAGUGCAAAAUUUGGGCUAGGUUUUUGGUUGAGGCAAACAGAGAAGUCACCAGGAUGGAUAUAUUUUUAUCACUCAUACAACUUUUACAACAAAACAGCUGCUUGAGAUCCAGUGAUCUGGCCACUAAGCUCAUGGACAAAGGAGCUUAUUCAUUCCCUGGUUACCAUCAAUCUCCCAUAGUGAGUUCCAGUUAAUCUUAACCAAUUGCGAUUACCUAUGCUCGAUGCCAGCCAUGUCUCAUUUAAUGUGUCCUGAAAUCUGAAGAUGGAAGGCUCUGCCAUGAAAAAACAGAUUGUGUUUAGUAAACGAAAAUAUUGUCGUAAGCCUUCAAUCCUGAAGCAGGUUGAUAGGUUUUGUAGUGGUGCCUGUGUAAGCUCAAAGAGAAGCUUGAAUCAUUGUUCUAGCAUGAGAUGAUGUGUGCAUAAUAUCAUGCCUUGGGUGUUAAGAAUUAGAGAAUUUAUUGUUCUUGAUCAUGUAAAGUUGUAGUAAAUCUGACCUUUUAGUUAUCAAUCUAACCUGUUUGAAUGAUAAAA